AUGGACCUGAAGAUGAUAGGGAGAUGUCCACUAUCAAAAUUCGAAUAUGUGAAGUCUCUAAGGGUAGUUCCGAUCAACCACCAUACGCCUGACCUCGUAGACCAAAUCCGAGCCUUUACUAGCGCCGAAGGGGUAGACGUGGCGUAUGACGCGGUGGGGAGCGAAGAAAACACCCAAAGAAGUUACCAGGCGAUAAAAGAGGAUAUCGGGCAAGUUAUAGUGAUUGGUGUCAUGUCAAAGAUUUCUACUAGUGGGAUCCGGACUACGGCAAAACGAACUCGACCUUAUAACCGUGAUUCGGCAGCGGUUACGCUUGAGAAUGAGAUUAUGGUGUGUUGUUGCCAACUACAAGGCGAUACAGCAGCAGGUCUGGCUCGAAGACUUCCAGGCAAUAUUGAGAAAGGUCCGGAGCGGGGAGCUGUCGCUAAUAAUUGCGAAGCUAUUCAGGCCCAGCAACGCUGUAAAAGCCCAUGA